UCUCUCCACCGCACACAGACCAGUGGCACCUCUCUCCACCGCACACAGACCUGCGGUCUCCGCUCUCCACCUCGCACAGAGCUGCGGCUCCUCUCUCAUCCGCACACAGACCUGUUGCUCCAGCAUCGCACCUCACCCGCAGAGCAAACAUGGACACAGCGCAGCCGUCCCGGGCCCUGAGGGCCGACGUAGUCGUCCUUGGAGGAGGCCUGUCAGGUCUGAGCGCUGCCAAGCUGCUGCAGGAGUCUGGGCUGAACGUGGUGGUUCUGGAGGCCCGGGAUCGAGUCGGGGGCAGAACCUUCACCGUUACUGGGUCAAAGUUCAAGUACGUGGAUCUGGGAGGUGCCUACAUCGGUCCCACCCAAAAUGGAAUCCUUCGCCUUGCCCGGGAGCUGGGGGUGAAGACGUACUUGGUGAACGAAAAGGAACAUCUUGUCCAUCACAGAAAGGGUAAAACGCACACCUUCCGAGGCCCUUUCCCCACCGCCUGGAAUCCCCUAGUGUACCUGGACUACAACAACCUGUGGAGGACCAUCGACAGCAUGGGGAGAGAGAUCCGUGCAGACGCACCGUGGGCAAGUCCGCAUGCGGAGGAAUGGGACCGCAUGACCAUGAAGCAGCUCAUCGAUAGGGUCUGCUGGACAAGGGCUGCAAAGGACUUUGGCAGACUGUUUGUCAACGUCAACGUGACAUCAGAACCCCACGAGGUGUCGGCUCUCUGGUUCCUGUGGUACGUCAAGCAGUGCGGAGGAACAAAACGCAUUUUCUCAACUUCAAAUGGAGGACAGGAGAGGAAAUUUGUGGGCGGGUCUGGACAAAUCAGUGAUAAGAUGGCUGAACAGCUGAAAGGCAGAGUCAAACUGAACCAGGCAGUGGUCAGACUCUCUCAGGAUGAUGGAGGGGUUUCCGUGGAGACCAUAACUGGACAGAAAUAUCAGGCUACGUAUGCUAUCAGUGCUAUUCCACCAGGCCUGACCAUGAACAUCCACUACCAACCUGAGCUGCCCCCGGUCCGGAACCAGCUGAUCCAGCGCAUACCCAUGGGCUCUAUCAUCAAAUGCAUGAUGUACUAUGAGCGGCCGUUCUGGAGGGAGAAGGGCUUCUGUGGCACAAUGAUGAUCGAGGAUGAAGAUUCUCCCAUCUCAAUGACCAUGGAUGACACGAAGCCUGACGGGUCCUGCCCUUGCAUUAUGGGGUUCAUCUUGGCAAGAAACGCAAGAAAGCUCAUUAAUUUGACCAAAGAGGAGAGGAAACAACAAAUCUGCCAGAUAUUUGCCAAAGUGUUGGGAACUCGUGAAGCUCUUCAGCCCGUGCACUACGAGGAGAAGGACUGGUGUGGAGAGCAGUAUUCAGGGGGCUGCUAUUCGGCCUACUUCCCCCCCGGAACCUUCUGCCAGUUCAGCAGAGUUCUGAGGGAGCCGUUUGGCCGGCUCUUCUUCGCUGGCACCGAGACGGCCACCAAGUGGAGCGGGUACAUGGAUGGGGCGGUCCAGGCGGGCGAGCGGGCAGCCAGAGAGGUCCUGCAUGCCAUGGGGAAAAUCUCCUUCUCUGACAUCUGGAAGGAGGAAGCAGAGUCCCAGGAUGUGCCUUCACAGCCAAUCACAGUGGGCUUCUUUGAGGAGUGGCUGCCUUCUGUUCCAGCUCUCUUGUCAACAGUCGGAGUCUCUGCUGUUUUUCUCGUUGCACUGGGAAUUGCCUUAGUAAAGCCAAAUAUGCGGGUGCAUCUACUUCACUAAGUUUAUUUUGGCCAAAAAAUUCAGGUGUGGAUCCUUUUUAAUCCCUAUUGUUAUACUGACUUCCUGUCAAGUCAGAAACCUUUCCAAUAUUGUUUUAGGGAAACAGCCAUUGAUUACAUAAUAUACACGUAAUAUACUGUAGACCCCAGCUUUCCUCUGACAGGUGCUCAAACUAAUUCAGAGAACAAAACACCUCUGUGACAAAGUCAACACCAGGCACUCGUGCAUUGAACACGACACCUUUCCAGUGAUCUCUGACAAAGAUCCAGUCAUCCUUCAUUUGCCGGGAGCACAAAGCCUUCAGUCCAUGCCAGUUUUUCAAACACAAUCCCUGCUGUGCUUGUUAUUCUGUGGAAAAACCAUGAAUGUGUGUUCAAAUAUGUACACAAGUGAAAAUGUUUGUCUAUUACCUCAAGUCUACAUCUCAACAAAAGGAGAAAUAAGGGGGCAGUUACACAGGGAUUUUUCUGGAUCUGAGUUCAUUUAGUAUUACUCCGAUGAACCAGAAGCCUGUAAACAGAGGGGGGUUUCUGUGCCCAGCCAGACAAUAGCAGCUAACUAGCUUAAAUUAGCUGAGAAAAAAAUACCUGCAAAAGCAUAAUUUCCAUGAACAUGCUUCAUAUUGCUUGGUGUGAUCAGGACGUUUACAGUAAGGCUCACACUUUCUCACCCUUCCUUUGCUCCCUUUAAACUUAACAGCCUUUUUAAAUUAGCAUAUUGCUUCAAAUGAAUUGGCAUACAGUUACCCAGAACUCUUGAGACAGGGCACUGGGCCACAAUUUCAUUUUUAAUGUCAGGGAGUCUCAUGGUGCGCAUAAUUCAAUGUUAUUUGUAAAACGUUAUACAUCACAGCCCUAGAAAUGAUGCUGGUUCACUCCUUUAAAAUCUUUAGGAUACAUGUGCAGUCUGCAGCUGUAGCUGGUGCACAUACAGAUGUCUGAUCAAGACCUUAUUUAGCGAAUUAAUUAAGAGCAGAAUCCUGAAGUGGACUGGCCCGGCCGUGCACCCGUUAUAUAUUCGGGGCGUCUCGUGCCGAGUGCCCGACCCUGUUGACAGGCAUCCCCCCCCCCCCGGCGAUAGUCCACCUCCCCCGUAUCAUAAAUCAUCCUCUCACCAGUCCUGACAACUCCCAUAAACUUAUGCUUUGGGAUAUUGAAAACUUCAGCGCUCGGAAUUGUGGCAUUACAUUACAGUAAGCUGGGGAAAAAAACCCCUCUGGUGCCUUUGGCACAGGACCGGUCCCAAAGCGAGACCUCGGCCCAGAUGAACCCGAUCCAAAGCGAAGUCUGAAAAUGUGACCAAAAUGUUAAAGACACCGCCAAAGAAGGAACGAGAAAAGAAAACAUUAUACCAGUAAUGCUGGGGCUUUGCCUUAUUUCAUGCUUCUUGAUUUCAAAACACAGGCCAAACCGGUUCAGAUGUCACAUUUUUAUUGUUUAUAUAUGGUGCUUGGUACAUGCACAUUUCUGACAAGCAUGUUAAGUUAUUUUUAUCUGAAGCACACUAUUUUUUUGUACAUAUUUUCAAUUAGUCAAAUACAAGACAACCUGACACACAUUAACAUGUUAUAUAGGUUCAAAAUGUCUGUUAUUAAGUUGUUGUCAUCGGUCAUUAUUUAUUUAUUUAAUUUUGUUAAAACAGUUGAAGAUUGCUUACGGUUGUUUUUUUUGAAGACCUCAAUAACUAAAAUGUUAUAUGUCAAAAUAAUUGGUCAUAUUAAUUUAAUGAUAUACAGUCUAAAUAUGAAGUAUUCUGCUUGUCUAAAUACUGUAUAUGGCAAUGUGUAACCAGUGUUUUUUUCUAGUCUGAAAGUAUGGUCCUCCUUUCAGUUUGGUCUAAUCUACGGUCUAUGAAUACCAUUACUGUACAUCAUAAAGUAAGAAGAUUUUGUGUGGAUUAUUCAGCAUAUAACUGUGAAUAUGAUAUACUGGAGAUUAAUUAAUAUUUUAGACAUUUGUGGCCUUGCUAAUCUAGGUGUACUAGCAUUUAUUGUUUUUCUUAUGAUUUCAUAGUAAUAAGCCAAAGUGGUUAAAUUCAAUCAUAAGCAUUUCAAUCAGUCAGUGAAAUUGUGAUGGUAUAUUUGUUUGUGUUUGUUGUGUUGGGAGACCAUGACCAAGAUCUCCAGAGCUUCAGUGAAAAGCUUCCAAGACUUCAGAGUGAACUGCUGGCUGCCUUGGUUGUGUCAGUCUUGUGAAAUACCAGACCUCAGAAUUACAUUUCAGCGUGACUACAUUCGUAGCUUUGCGUUUCCUGGUGUCUUACAUGCCCACAUUGCGCUUCACGCCAGAAUGCUUGUGUGAGAAGAACUCCCCCGAGAAGAAUAAAAUGAGUCUAUUCUA